GCGAGUUUACAUUUCUUGUCUCUUCGUCUCUUGCUUGGCUGAGUUCGGCUUUGGACUCAGAUAUACUCUGCCAAUCAUGGAGUCUGCGGCAGAUUUCCCACCGUUUCAGCAACGGUUAACGUCCAGUCUGGUGCAGAUGACGCGCACCGUUGGACAGCUCUCUGCAGAGGAUCUGAGUUUCCACCGGACCUCGAGCGCCGAAGUCUCGGAAUCCUUGGAUGAGCAGAGUGAUAGGAUCUUGUCGUUGACCUCGACGAUUCUCAAGGCUGCCACAGCCGGGACGGAUUUACCCGCGCCUAAACUGCACGAUGAAGACUCUAUUGAAGACAACUGGCGCGGUGUUGUUGAUGUUAUUGAUGCGCUGCUAGAGAGGGCAGACGCCUGUCUCGACGAAUUUACGGGAGUCAUCAAGAAAUUGAGCCCGUCGCAGCAGGAGCAGAGCGCAGCAAGGGCCGCCAAAAAGGCUUCCACCAAGUUCCCCUCCCCUCUUCUUCGAAUCAAGCCUCACGCGAUUGUUCCGUUGGAGGAUUCGUUGAAAUUGACAGAUCCUGCGCAGGGUUAUAAGAAUCCGUACGAAACGGAGAUCCGCGCUGCCAAGUAUCCAGAAUCGACCUAUACUGUCUCUCCUCCGGUCCAGUACCAGCCGUUUGAAUCGACAGCUGCGACGUUCGUGGACACCCUGGAAGGAGUGAAGGAAAUGUUGACCGAGCUCAAGUCGGCAAAAGAGAUUGCUAUUGAUUUGGAGCAUCACGAUGUGCACUCGUAUCAUGGCUUGGUUUCUCUGAUGCAGAUUAGCACUCGGGACAAGGAUUGGGUUGUUGACACGCUGAAGCCUUGGAGAGAAGAGCUCCAGAUUCUCAAUGAGGUCUUUGCGGAUCCUGGAAUUCUCAAAGUCCUCCAUGGCUCGUCCAUGGAUAUUAUCUGGCUUCAGCGGGAUCUUGGCCUCUACGUUGUAGGCAUGUUCGAUACCUACCACGCCGCCUGUGCCUUGAACUACCCGAAACGGAGCUUGAAGUUCCUCCUUCAGAAGUUUGUCAACUUCGAAGCAGACAAGAGAUAUCAGAUGGCCGACUGGAGAAUCCGUCCUCUUCCGUCGGGAAUGUUUGACUAUGCCCGUUCCGAUACUCACUACCUCCUCUAUAUUUACGACCACCUACGCAACGAGCUGUUGGAGAACUCGACGCCUGACCACAAUCUCGUUGAUUAUGUACUGGAACAGUCAAAGAACGAAGCUUUACAACGUUACGAGCGCCCCGUUUACGACCCUGCCACGGGACAAGGGCAAGGCGGAUGGUAUGACUAUCUGUACCGCAACCCUGCCGUUCUGAGCAAGGAACAGUUUGCCGUCUUCAAAGCAGUGCACCAAUGGCGCGAUGAGGUGGCAAGGGAAGAGGACGAGGGCGUUCAGUGCGUGUUUCCGAAGCACAUUCUUUUCAAGAUUGCCCAAGUUAUGCCCCUCGACCAGGGUACUUUGUUCCGGACGUUAUCUCCCGUGACGCCGAUUGCCAAGGACCGAGCAGCGGAUCUCCUGGAAGUUAUCAAGAAGGCGAAGAUUGAAGGAGCUACGGGACCAGAAUGGCGCGACGUCGCAAUUGAGUACCCUACUGCAGCGCGCUACGAGUCUUCUCAGUUCUGGGGACCUGUCCUGGAAGUCCGGGAGCCGCUUACGCCUCCGGAGUAUUCUGCAAUCGCCUCUGCGGAGGCUCUUCGACUUUCUCUUCCCCUGCCGCCCAUGCCGCGGACUGUAUCCGAAGCUCGCGAGAAGCUUGGCGACACCAAACCAGCACCGAAGCCUGCUCCAGCCCCUGCUCCAGCGCCAGAAGAAGACAGCAAGAAAAUAUUCACCGUCAAGGAGAUGGGCGGACCUCGCAAACGCAAAGCAGUGGCAGCCGAAGAAGCCGAGGCUGCGCCAUCGGUUGAGUUGGACGAGAUUAACCUGGAGACUGGAGAUGCCUUGGAGAAGCCGUCCAAGAAGCAGCGCCAGAAGAACAAGAAGAACAAGUCGCAACCACAGCCCGAAGGCGAUGCGCAAGACGAUGUACCGUUCAACUAUGAAGCUGCCGAGUCCGUAUUACGCGCUCAGCCUGCGCAGGCAGCCCCCAGUCGUGUCUCUAAGCGAUUCGCCCCAUACGCAAAGGCAAUGGAGGCGCCUGCAGGAGCCCGGAAGCACAAGAGAGAGAUCGCAGGGAAGCAGUUCACAUUCCGGUGAUGGGCUUGCAGGAUGGUUUGCUUCUUCGUACACCGCCUACGGCUAUUUUUCAUUCUCUAGGAUACAUGGAAGUCGGAUGCAUCCUUUGGUGGUGGUGAUAUGGGUUAUUCUGGUUCUGUGCAUAGCGAUACCCGAUAGUGUUUAAAUAAAAGGUCGCCUUGUAUUGAUCUGAUAUUGUCCCUGAUCUGUGCUUUCUUGAUCAGUAACCCGAGCUGGACGCCACUACUCACGCUCUAAAGCCUUGC